AUGGGAUAUUCUGAUUCCCAACACACUUCCUUUGCCAAUCCCUUGCUCGUUGUUGCUAGAUGUUAUCAGCUAGCAAACAUUAAACCAUUCAUUCUGGGGAACAGUGUGACAACAGAGCUGAAAGAAGAUAGACAAAUUGAAGUGGGCUCGCCGUUCCGCUUCACCUGUCACCAUUGCUCCAAGAACUUCUAUCACAAGAAUGACUUCCGAAAACAUGUGAGGGUACAUACAGGAGAGAAGCCUUAUGCCUGUCCAUACUGCCCGUAUCGAGCAGCGGUCAGAGCAAGGCUUCGAAGUCACAUGAGAAGCCGGCAUGGUUCUGACUUAAAUUACAUAGAUAAACGUAGAUUUGAAAAGGGACCAAGUGAUAAACUUCAUAAUUUAAAGGAGAAAAUUGUAAAUUCAUUGGCAGCGUUAGUUUCACGAUACCUGCUCAAACGGCGCCCACACGAACCCAAUCUCCGUAUACGAGGAUUUUGCGUGAUCAUUUGCAUUAUAGCACAAUCAAACCGUCCACAGGGAUCGCUUUUUUAUUAUUUUUCUUCGCAGAAAGUACACGUUGGCUGUGCUACAAGUACAGACAAUAUACUCGUACACUCGAUGGCUCGUGCAUCUGCAGCCGUGCGGCAUCGUGGCCAUGUGUGCGCCAUCUGCAACAAGGCCUUCGAGACGCGGUACAAGCUGGAGCGCCACCAACGGACUCACACUGGAGAGAAGCCCUAUGCUUGUCCCUAUUGUCCCCACCGAUGUAAUCAGCGCGACAAUCUCAAAGCCCAUAUAGCUAGUAGACACAAAGAAUUCUACGAUCCAAACAAUGGCACUUCAUGUGAUUUCACAGUCAUUGCAAAAUAUGAAUAUAAUAGAAAUAACAAUUGA